UAGCAGGAAUUUAAAAACACCUGUUGGCGAGGCGGUUAUAAUGUAAACCAUUGCCAGGAGGCGCAGUUUGUAUAUUAACCGCCCAUUAGAGGUGCGAUUUUUAAUAAACGAUGGUAUUUUUGGAAAUUGUUGAGAAUGAGUUGUAUUUUUGUUAUUUUUUUUAAACAGUGGUAGUUUUGGAUUUUUUCCAAACACCACUCAAUCUAAUCUACUACCUUUUUUUUGUUUCUUAUUUGAGUGAAGUAUUUCAAACAAUUUAUCUCUGACGGUCAUCUCACAUUUGCAUCUGACCCUGCAUCUCUCCAGGAUUUCUGUGUUGUAGAUAGAAGCAAUAAGGUAUGCAUAUAUAUCUUACCAACAUUUAUUCGACUUUGACUAUAAUGUCUAUGUAACUGAUUGAUUGAAUUCGAGAUUCAUUCCCUCUACAGUGAAAAUGAACGGCUUCGCUUGCAAGAGUUCCACGACAGUCCAAGCCGAAGAUUUCUCCUUCACUGGUUUGCACAUUCCUAGGAACACCCGUAAUGCUGUUGGUUCUGCCGUCACAGCCGUCACAAUGACUCAAAUUACCGGUCUCAAUACCUUAGGCAUCUCGAUGGUUCGUAUUGACUUUGCAUCAUGGGGAAUCAAUUCUCCUCACGCUCACCCAAAAGUCUCCGAGAUUCUCACUGUCAAACCCCGAUAAUCACCUUAUCUCAAAGAUUCUUCAGAAGGGUGAUGUAUUUGUCUUCCCAAUUGGGUUGAUUCACUUCCAACACAACGUUGGGCAUGGUAAUGCAGUGGCCAUUGCUGCACUAAGCAGCCAAAACCCAGGAGUCAUCACUAUAGCUAACUCCAUCUUUGAGUCAAACCCAGACAUUUCUCCCGACAUUCUCGCAUAGGCAUUCCAAGUGGACAAGAGCAUUGUGCAGCAAAUCUAAUGGAAGUUCUAGAGAACCACACAUAUGAGAUGUUUCAUAAAAAUUAUGGUUACUUGUCACACUAGAAUUUGAUUACUUAUCUGUCGCUCAUUAUAUUUAUUUAGUUGGCAAUUAUGUGGGUACAGUGUACAUCAAGUGAUGGGCACUCAAACUAAUGGGUUGCUGAAUUACUGUACGUUUGUUAAAGCUGAUUAAUGAUUUUAAUUUUAUGUUAUUGGGAAGUAUAUUCUUAACUUUAAAAGAGCGAUUUUACAUAGAAGAAUUUUGCUGGUCUAUUAAUUUUAAACUGUAAAGUGUAGAUUUUGACAACACUUGUAAAUGAAAAUUGUGAUUCUCUGUAGAAGAUUUAAGUUUUAAAGCACAAUUUUAACAGCAUUGUUCAACCACACUAAGAUCUAAAGCUCAGAACUAAAAUCCCUCUUCAGCUCCACAAAACAAGAGUAUGAUGUGCAACUCCGAAAACUCGGCCACAACGUUCUCGCAUAAAACUACAAAUAAAUAGUGGUAAUUCUAAAAACCGUGAUCAUAUCUUAUUGGGUAUGCCUACGGUGACUUGCAUGUCACCGUAACUUGGAGAAAACGGUCGACCUCUUCCAUCAAGUGGUCGACCACUUUCCAAGAAAAUGGUCGACCUCUUCCAUCAAGUGGUCUAGCUACCACUUGAGUCAUCCGGUCUACCAAUUCCGGAAAUUGGUCGACCUCUUCCAUCAAGUGGUCUAGCUACCACUUGAGUCAUUCGGUCUACCAAUUCCGGAAAUGGGUCGACCUAAUGACAUACUUACCUUCAAGCGGUCGACCUCUUCCACCAUGGGGUCUACCACUUGAGUCAUCCGGUCUAGCACUUAAGUCCAUAAAUGUUGAUGGUAAAAUUACAUUUUGGUACCCAAAUUUUUUUAUUUUUACAAGUUAGUACAUAAAAUUUUACAACUUUAAAAAAGGUCCAAUGUGGCGUGAUAUUUUUGUAAUUGCUAAGGGUCACAGGAUCAAAACUUGACCCAUCCCUAAGUUGUCCCUACCCGUCCCGACCCUUACAGGGUCAACAAAAUGACCCAUUGUGAAAUAUAUACCUUAAUUGUAUUGCCAAAUGAAUUCCGCAAAAUGUG